GAUAAUUGCGCCAAUGGUCAGUUGUUAUCUAAUCGUCGCAAAGUUUAGUCUGUCAAUAAUUGUUAUAACGAGUGAAUUGUCGUGUUACAAUGUCACUAUAUAACUUUUAAAAUGUCAUAUUAUGUUAAUCAUCCGGAUAUUUGAUUAUCCGGACCACCCUUUACAUUAAUUAGUCCGAAUAAUUGGAGUUCUACUGUAUAGUAAAUAUUAACUCAUUUAUUAUCCAUAUAAUUUUCAUAAUUUUUUUCAUACGUUUGACUUGCAUCGAUUUUUUAUUUAUUAUCUGCCAAUCCUUUCCGUUACACCCUGUAAAUUAUUACAACAGUUCUGUAUCACGCGUAGGAUCGAUAGCUGCGAGAUCCAUAAUAUUAGGUGCGAAUUGAAUCGUCUGAGCCCGGAGGUGUAUAAUAAACGCCGCGGACGACGAACUUUUGACAUCUGAGCGCAGCUUUACGGGCAAAGUGCGACCUACCUAUAUAAAAAUAUAGGUGCGGACACGUACGAGAAAUGUAUUAAAUUUCAAAUCGCGACCAUUGUGACCUUGCAAUGAUUUUAAGUAAUGCAGUUAUCUUUAUAACCUAUUAUUUAAAUUGUUUACUGAAAACCACAUAAAUCGAAAAUAAUAGGAGGCCGAAUGAAAAUGAUGAAGAAGAACUCUGUUUUAAUUGAAGCUGUGGUUUCCAUAUUGUUAUGUUCAGUCAUUAACGACGUUUCAGGCAUAUUUUUCGGUUCUAGCGAUUUGACUUAUUGGAGAUGCAAAUUCAAACAAACGUUUCAGUGUCCGGAUCCCGACGUGACGUUUUACUUGUACACGAGUGAUCUCAGGAGAAGGAUUAAAAUCGAUAUGAGAGACAAGUGGUCGUUGUACAACAGUGGUUGGAACCCAAAUAAAAAGAACGUUAUCGUCAUACACGGGUUUAACGGAGCGGAAAAUAAUAGGAUCAUGGUCAUACUGAGAAACGCCUACUUGAUGCGCGGAGACUUUAACGUGUUCAUGGUGGACUGGAGUCCGUUGACCGUGUAUCCCUGUUACCUGUCGUCGCUGAGAAACACACGAUUAGUGAGUCAGUGCACCGCUCAACUUUACGCCCAUCUCACUUAUUCGGGUGCUUCUGCUUACCAAAUACACUGCGUCGGCCACAGUCUCGGGGCUCACAUAUGCGGCAUGAUUAGCAAUCACUUGACGGAGAGACAGCACAAGAUCAUCGGUUUAGAUCCGGCAAAACCUCUGGUAGACUUGUUUACGAGGGACGAAUUUCGAUUGACGAGGGAUGAUGCUGAUUUCGUAGAGGUCAUACACACAAACUCUGGAGUUUACGGAGAGUAUCCUCAGAUAGGACAUGUCGACUUUUGCGUAAACGGGGGUCGCAUGCAACCAAUUUGCACUAGCCAGGCAAAUAUCAUACAACAAUCGCGGUGCAGUCAUUUCAAGAGCGUUUGUUAUUAUGCAUUGUCACUAUCGAGAAGGCGCAAUAUGUUUUUGGGCGUACAAUGCACGGAAACUUGCGACUCGGUGAUGCUUCCGUCAUUUUCGAAUCGGAUCGAUGUCAUACCCAUGGGCUUACACACUCCAAAAUGGAUUAGAGGGACAUUUUACGUCGCAUACGAAGAUCCAGAUAACUUUUGCCGAUUCGAUGGAUAAUAACGUACAUAUUAAUUGUAAACAAAAAGUACAACUAUAUUAAUAUUAUGUAUUUUAUGUAAUAUAGAUAAACUUGCCUAAUGAUUUGCUAUUAAAUCAAUUUUAAUAUUAUGUAUAGUUUUCUAUUACCUCAUUAUAUUGUAAAAACUGACAAG